AAUUCACGCGCCGUGCGCCGUAUUGUAAAAUCCUCGGUCGCAAGAGAGAUUCCCGAACCUAAACUACCUCAGGCCUGCGACUCUAAUAAUAUCUUCAUUUCUCGAAUUGGUGCACGCCGGCCGACCUCCCACUCUUUUCUUUCUUUUUCGACACAUAACAAAUGUUGCGGAAGAUCGAUCAGUCACAGGGCCUCAUCAGUGAUCCCUCGUAGGCAUCUUAAAUACUGGCAGGGUAGAUCUUGGGUAGCGUUGGUGGUAUCGCACUCCUUUGUUCCUUUUGCGUUGUCUUCGUCGACGGAGACGGCCGGCAUGGACACGCACAAGGCGGGUGGCGGCGGGGGCGCCGGCGAGGUGCGGAGGAUCAACGUGGUGUAUUUCUUGAGCCGCGGCGGCAGGACGGACCACCCGCACCUCUUCCGCGUCAGCCACCUCCACCGCGCCGGCGUGCGCCUCCGCGAUGUGAAGAGGUGGCUGUCGGAGGUGCGCGGCAAGGACAUGCCGGAGAAUUUCUCAUGGUCUUACAAAAGGAAGUACAAGGCUGGGUAUGUCUGGCAGGACCUGAUGGACGAUGACCUCGUGACGCCAAUCUCCGACAACGAGUACGUGCUCAAGGGCUGCGACGUGCGGGGAACCCCUCCUCCUCCUCCUGGUGCCGACGCACCGAAAGCUUCAUCUUUAGCAGGCGAGAAGAAACUGAACAGAAAGGACGAGAAGGCCCAUAAGGUUGCGUGCGAUCAGAAGCAGGUUCAGGAGGCGACGCCAAUACGCUCCGACGACAACGAGAGCUUCCCCAAGCCGCCGAUCGACCAGGAUUCGCCCGGCGGACCACCGUUCAGGAUCGUUUUGCCGCAGGAGCGAAAGCGGCGGCAAGAAACGGGGAGAGCGGUCGCCGAUCAUCGGCAGGCGGUGGUGCCAGCGCGGGCGGCGGCGCCGGGCGGCAAGAAGCGGCCCGUGGGGCGGGCGCGGAGGAUGAGCGUGGCGCGGGCGCUCCACAGCAUCCUGACGUGCGGCGCGGCCGACGCCGACGACGCCGCGCUCCGGCCCGUCGUCCCGCGGCGAGGCGCCGUGGACGGCGACGACGACGACUGGACGGGCACCCCCGUGUGUCCCGGCAUCGACGGCUGCGGCAUCCACAGCGCGAGCAGGAAGCCCACCAGGCCGCGAAGAGGCGGGAAAGACAAGGCGAAGCGGGAAGGCGUCGUUGCGGCGCACAAGCCGGCAAGCCUGCCGCGUUGCUCGCAGUGCGGGAAGGAGUUCAAACCGCAGGAGCUGCACUCGCACAUGCAGUCGUGCAGGGGCUUCAGGGAGAGGAUGAGGAAUAGCGCCAGCACGCGGGUCGGCGUGGACAGGAGCCGGAGGAACUCCACCGCGAGGAGGGCAGACGACCACUCCUCCUUCCCGGAGCGGCCGACCACCGCGUUCCUCCUCACGGAGUCGUGAUCGAUCUCUUCUUCAACUUGGUCGGUGUCACCAGAUGUAGAUUUGAAUGAUCCUUGGGUUGCGUACUUACAUUAAUUCGACCUCGGAAUUGUUUAGCUUGACAGUAGAAAACAACGGUUUGGAGAUAUUCCUUCAGCUUGCUUUUGAUCUUGUUUCGAUGAUCAAACCGUUUGAAUUGAAUCACUAGUGUAGAUCGUCAAUUCGCAGGUCCACUUAUGCAUCGUUCUCUUACCUCAAUUCGAUCAGGUAGGUCUUGUUUGGCAUUAGAAUUUCUCCAGUGUUUGUAGAGCGUCUCAAAAAAUUCAAUAACAGUAGAAAUCGUAAGACUU